UGUUUUGGUUGAGGACAGGAAACAAGCAUCGACUGGCAGCUACGUCUCAAGUCAGUACCAAAGGGGACUGGGCUUCCGCAUACGUCAGCCUCGAGCUCCCUUCGCAGUGCUUUGUAGGGGCGCUCAAGCUGACCCAGUCUACCUGCGCAAGACAGGCGCGCUUCACAUAAGAUUGAGAUCAUUUCUGUCUCUCGAUUUUCAUGGACGAUUGCCUUGACUAUGUGGUGCAACAAGUCGCUCUGGAUGGAAUUACCGGUGCGAGUCUACCACGCCUUUGGACCUUUGUCUCAGAUUUCUUUCGCCAACAAGGUCAAGGAAUGUGUGUCGACGGCGCUCUAAAGCGUUUCCUGUGGGUUCGAUUGGCGCGGCGACAGGGCAUCAACGUUUGGUUAGCACAGCAAGACGGCAUUCGGCGUCUCGAAAAUGACACUGACGUGCUGGACGCAUUGGACGCGGAUGGAGCAAUGGUGCCGUCCGCGGGAUUCAAGCGUAUGCGCUGUCAUGUCAAGACUUCACAGCUAAAUUACAGGUCGCAAAAUCGCAGUUUGUUUUGUUGUCGCAUAUAUCGCGGUCUAGGGCGACCGGCGUGCCGCGAUCGGAGCUCAGCAGGCUGACCGGCCAGGAUCUGCGUAGCGUACCCAAGAGGGUGAAGGACCUCGUUGCUCUGGGCCACAUUUGCUCUUUUCCAGUCGUUUUCCAGGGUGCCAAGACAGUGUGGCUCGUGCAUCGCCACUUCGUCGAGGACUACCUCAGGCUUUCUGGAGACACUACGUCGGGCGCACAUGGAGGCCAGUUCGAUUAUGUAUCUC